UUCGUUUCUUAGAUUAUUUAUCAACAGUAUGACUCCGCGUUGUUGUAAUCAUAGACUUUUAUUAAAUUGUUGUAAUUUUUUAUUUCUGCUUUGCGGGACUUCGCUAAUUGUAUCCGGGUUUUAUCUAUUCAGCGAUAGCAAACGUAUACUACUUUCGAAAUUAUUGGCUGCCACAAGUGAUCAUUUAAAUGAUUUACCGCAACCACUAUUCUAUUAUAUAUCCAUUGGUUUAGCGGUGGCAGGACUUAUGGCCAUUUUAGCAGCCAUGAGUGGUUUCUGGGCUGCAUGUCUUAGCACCUAUUGCUGCCUAAGCUUCUACUUUCUGACUGUGGUGAUUUUGUUGCUUGCCGAGUCUGUGAUUUGUUUAGCCGUAAGUCUGUGGCCUCAUUGUCUGGGCAUAAGUUUGGAUGAAGCGAAAAUGGUGAAAGCAUUACAGGGUAAUUAUGGUGUUUCGGGUAAAGAGCAAUUUACCGUAGCUAUGGAUUUAGCUCAGACAACGUUCGGCUGUUGUGGUAUGAACAGUGACAUUAACUACGACACAUCUAUGUGGAAAAUGCAAUCCUAUGGUCAAAGGGAAUGGUUGAUACCUCUGAGUUGUUGUGUGUUGCAAAAUCCUUUGGAUAAUCUAGCGUACUUGGAUCCGAAACCCGUGAAUGAGACAAUGUGUCAAUCUGUGCAAAAACAGGAUUAUACGCAAUAUCGGUUCACCGCACCGUGUCUUGAUUAUUUAGAUAACUGGUAUCGGGAACAAUUUGGUACUUUUCUAGCGGGCAGUUUAAUCGUGGCAAUCGUGGAGUUUUGCGUAUUGCUGAGCAUAAUAUUGGCCUGUACAAGGGUGUCAAGCAAGCAGAUGAAAAUGAACAACUUUCUCGAGAUGCGUGCAAGAGCCAAAUCACGUCAGAUGCUAGUAGAAAAUAUCUAUGAACCGGAGGUGGAGUUAAGGGCAUGUAUGAACGGUGAUAGUCGUAGCAUUAUACAUGGAGUUCCGAGUGAUCUUAGCGAAGAUUUCAAAGAGGUGUAUAUACAACCAAGAGAUUUAUAUAAACAUCGCUUCAAUACGACAUUUAAGCCCAUCUCAAGGGAAUACAACGUAGGAUACGCGUAAUUAAUUAGUGUAACUUAAAUA